GUCUGAUGCAUGGUGUGAGAAGAACCAGGCCCCUCUUUGGCGGGGCUGUCUUUGAGAGCUCUCUCGUGACUGAUCCAAUGCGGCCCUCCAAUGACUGUCCCGACAGGCAAGCUCGAGGCACAAAACCCAGACUUCUCCCUGCUUGUUCACCCAUUCCUCUGUUUUCUACCCAUCUUCUUCAUCACUUAUUCCAUCAAUUGAGUCUCUCCAUCUCCGGUUUGGUCUGUACACUCCCAGGCAAACCACCACUUACACCAACACCAAGCACACCACUGGUCUACAACCACCACUCACCCACCACCCCUCCGAUCCCAAUUCCAACAGUUGCCAAAGAUGGCCCACAAGGAGUCCGCAGUGGCAGACGAGCCAAUUGAUGUGCUCUUUGCCCUGCACGACAAGUUCAACCUCAUGGACUUCGCUGGUCCCCUCGAGGUCUUGACCACGGCCUUGCACGAUCAAUCUGAUCCUGCUUCCAAGGCCUUCGAGGUCACCAUUGCUGGUGGCACUCCUACAGUCAUCUCCGAGCAGGGAGUCUCCGUCCAAACCCAUAUCAACUGGAAGGACGCUAAGGAGCGUCUUAAUGACUUCGACGUCCUUGUCGUCAUCGGCGGCGGCACCGAUGCAGUUUUGAAGAGCAAGGGCGAGCCCCUUGAUCUCAUCACUGCCUACUCGGAGCUUCAGAAGAGCGAUCCCACCCGCGAGCGGACACUCCUGUCUAUUUGCACCGGUUCACUCUUCCUUGCCCAGCAGGGCAUUCUUGCUGGCCUCUCUGCCACCACUCAUCCCGACUAUAUUACCAAGCUCGAGAUCUUGUGCAGCCAAGCUGCCACCCGCGACUUGGGCGAGCGCACCGACGUUGUCGAUGACGCCCGCUACGUCGUGAACAACCUUCGGUUCGAACUCGGAGACGAGGACGAGAACCCCUACAUCCGUCGAAAGUCGGAUGCUGGCAGACGCCCCUCGAAUGCCCGAAAGGGAUCCAUUUCGUUCAAGGGCGCCACACGCAGAGAGUCCAUUGCUCGGCGCGCAUCCAUGCGCCUAGGUGGUCUCCGAGUCAUUACGAGUGGGGGAGUGGCCGCUGGCCUGGAUGCAACUUUGUAUCUGGUCAGCGUUAUGGUGACUGAGGAGUCGGCCAACCAGGUCGCCCAGUUCAUGCAGUUGACCUGGACCAAGGGUAUUGUUGUCGACGGCCUUGAUGUGUAAGUUUAGUAGUGUGAUAUUAGCGACAUGGGUAUUUGGCAAGGGAAUCUGGCGUUUUUGAUGAGAUAACGAAUGAAAUGAAAACAAUAUUCACCUCUUCUAAGAAUUGGAACCGCUCUCUAUCCUGUGAAACGCCCA